AUGACAUCUUCAUACACCUUCCCCGACUAUUCGCUCUCGCUUCCUUAUUUUCUUUCUUUUUCUUUUUCUGUCAUUUUCUUUUUUUCUUUUCCUUUCUCUCUACCAGCAUUGUGUGUUUUUUUUUUUCUUUCUCCCUUUUUUAAUACUUCCUCUCUCUCAAAAUAUAGGGAUCUUUGCAGUUUCCACCCGACUAUCUCUCCCAUUUUGUCUAUUCAAAGAUUUUCUAUCUUUCCAGGCAUUUUUCUUUAUUUUCUCUUUCUACCAGCAUGUUUUCUCUAUUUCUCCUUUCUUUCUCUUUCUCCUUUCUUUCUCUAUUUCUCCUUUUAUUUCUUUUUCCUUUUAUCUCUUUUUCCUUUUAUCUCUUUUUCCUUUUAUUUCUUUUUCCUUUUUAUUUCUUUUUCCUUUUUAUUUCUUUUUCCUUUUUAUUUCUUUUUCCUUUUUAUUUCUUUUUCCUUUUUAUUUCUUUUUCCUUUUUAUUUCUUUUUCCUUUUUAUUUCUUUUUCCUUUUUAUUUCUUUUUCCUUUUUAUUUCUUUUUUUCUUUGCAACACAUUUCCUUUUUUUCUCUAUCUUCCUUUUAA